CCCUUCCCGGGAGAAAAGCUUAGCCAGGGGCAGAGGCCGCGGCUAUCUCCUGUGGGCAAGGACCUGGCCCAGAGCCGCUCCCGAAUGUGCAUCUCGUCGCCCCUCGACUGAGGCUGCGUUUUUAUCGUCAGGGCCAGGCAGGACUCAGAAGCCUGGCUUCGCCAGGCAAAGAGAACCGAUGGCGAAGUUCGCUGGCGUCUCAAAACCCCAGCGGGACUCGCUCCAGGGCAAAGCGGGUCCCGGGCUGCAGCCAGAGGGAAAGCGCGCCCGUGCAGACCCCACGACUUGCAAACCGCGCCAAGCGCGAAACUCUUCCGCUCCGCCACAAAACUGCCUCCGGGCUUGUUCGCUGCCAGCCAAUAGGCGGGUUCAGGAGGCGUGUCCGACGGAGCAACAAGCCAAUCGCACGUGCAAGAGGCCGGGCCGAGCGUCCCACUCUUACCGCCGCGGGAGAAUUGGCAUGGCUGUGUUGCGUCUGGCGACGCGGGCAAGAAGUCGCUGAGCAGGUGGCGUCGGAGAACGGGAUGGCCCCGCAGCAGAAGCCUAGCGCGGAACUGGUCCUGCACCGGCCGCCCUCUUCGGCCAUGCGGCUCUUCACCUGGGACGAAAUCCAGGCCCACACCAAGCAAGGCGACCCGGGGCGAGAGAUGUGGCUGGUGGUCGACAGGAAAGUGUACGACGUCCGCAGCUUCUACCUGAGACACCCCGGGGGCUCCCGGAUCCUGAUGAGCCACCUUGGGGAGGACGUGACGGAUGCCUUUGAAGCGUUCCAUGUCGACAAGUCAUUGGUGAAGAAGUAUUUGAACCCGCUGCUGAUUGGGGAGUUGGCACCAGAUCAAUCUAGUUUGGAACCCAGCAAAAAUGAAUCACUGAUCAUGGACUUCCGUGAGCUCCGCACCACUGUAGAGAAGAUGGGACUCCUGAAGCCCAACACUUACUUUUUCAUGGCGGUGCUCCUUCACAUCCUGCUCUUGGAUGCUGCAUCCUGGCUCAACUUCUUGUAUUUUGGAACCUCUUUACUGCCCUUCACUGUCUCUGUAGUGCUAUGUACAAUGUCCCACAACCAGGCUUCAUGGUUCCAACAUGAUUUGGGGCACCUUUCCGUCUUCCAGAAGCCCAAGUGGAACCACCUGCUUCACAAAUUUGUGAUGUGCCAUCUUCUUGGAGCAUCAGCCAACUGGUGGACUCUUCUGCACUCACAGCAUCACGCAAAACCCAAUUGCCACAGCAAGGACCCGGAUAUCGACAUGCACCCUGCCUUGUUUGCUUUGGGGAAGACCCUCUCUGUGGAGCUUGGGGUAAAGAAGACAAAGUAUAUGCCUUACAACCACCAGCACAAGUACUUCUCCUUCACAUUGCCACCACUGUUGUUCCCUACCUACUUCCAAUAUCACACCUUCUACAUUGCUUUCAAGAAGAAUUACUGGGUGGAUAUUGCCUGUAUGCUGAGCUUCUUCAUCCGAUUCUUCAUCGUCUAUGGGUGUUUUCUAGAAAUAAAAAGUCUUCUUAUAUUCUUCUUUUUGGUCAGGAUGUUGGAAAGCUCCUGGUUUGUCUGGGUCUCCCAAAUGAAUCAUAUACCCAUGACUAUAGAUUAUGACAAGAAUUUGGACUGGGUGUCCAUCCAGCUCCAGGCAACAUGUAACGUUGAUCAUUCCUGGUUCAACGACUGGUUUACUGGGCACUUGAAUUUCCAGAUUGAACACCAUCUUUUCCCUACGAUGCCCCGGCACAACUACUGGAAGGUGGUCCCUCUGGUGAAGUCUCUGUGUGCCAAACAUGGCAUUGAAUACAAGUGCAAGCCCCUGCUGACAGCCUUUGCAGAUAUUUUACGUUCCCUGAAGGAUUCUGGAGAGCUCUGGCUGGAUGCCUAUUUGCAUAAAUAAGUACUGGCUUCACAGAAAAGAUUCAUUCACGAUCUCUCCACAGAUGCCUUGGACCAGCAGAUUGCCUUGAACGCUUUUCCAACUCCCAAUGUUUCAUUGUUUCCUAUUUAUAAUAAAAUUUAUGUCUGAUA